CACUGGCGGCGAUCACUGUGGUAAAAUAGAACGCUGAAUAUAGAGGAAGGACCAAAGAUUUCGCUACGUCACGGCUGAUAUGUUGUCAGCCACUGAGAUUGAGUCGCAGUUCCCACGGGCUGCUGCGAGUGCUGCGACGGCUGCGAUUAUUGUGUAAUGCUGAUUGUGGGGUUAUGUUUAAAAAUUCGUAUUGCUUAUUACCACGUGGUUAAGGACUUUGAGAAAACAGUAAUUAAUCACAGAAGAGGCAAUUUUGUUGCAUAUAAAUGUUAACCUAGCAAUACACUGACUAGUUGCCUUUGGUAAAAUAUGGCAGCACAAGUUGCUGGAUUUGAUGAUCUGAAUGAAACAACAGAUGACACACACAUUAUAAAGAAGAAAAAUGGUAUUAGGAAGAAAUGUGGUGGAUUCCAAGGAAUGGGACUUUCUUUCCCUGUACUGAAAGGAAUUCAGAAGAGAGGUUACAAGUUACCAACCCCAAUCCAACGAAAGACAAUCCCUCUCAUUAUGGAAGGUCGUGAUGUUGUGGCCAUGGCUAGAACUGGUAGUGGUAAAACUGCUUGUUUUUUAAUCCCACUCUUUGAAAAACUUAAGGCUAGAGUGCCUAAGAGUGGUGCAAGAGCCCUGAUUCUGUCUCCAACCAGAGAAUUAGCUCUACAGACACUCAAGUUUGUCAAAGAAUUGGGACGGUUCACAGGACUUCAUGCAGUCAAUGUGUUAGGUGGAGACUCAAUGGACAAUCAGUUUAGUGCAAUUCAUGGAAACCCUGAUAUAAUUGUUGCUACACCUGGCCGAUUUAUGCACAUUUGUGUUGAGAUGGAACUGAAAUUGCACAGUAUGGAGUUUGUUGUCUUUGAUGAAGCAGAUAGGUUAUUUGAAAUGGGUUUUGGUGAGCAGUUACAUGAUAUUGUGAGCAGGCUUCCAGAGAGACGGCAAACACUUCUUUUUUCAGCAACAUUGCCGAAAGUACUGGUUGAUUUUGCAAAAGCUGGUCUAAGUGAUCCUGUGUUGAUAAGAUUGGAUGUUGAAUCAAAGCUCCCAGAACAAUUGAAGCUUGCAUUUGUGUGUUGUCGAUCAGAAGAUAAAUCUGCUGCAUUGUUAUGUCUUUUGAAACAUGUUAUAAGACCAGAAUCUCUUAUUGUUAUAUUUGCUGCCACCAAACAUCAUGUGGAGUAUUUACAUAUGCUGCUAGACAAGGUUGGCAUCACAAACACUUACAUAUAUUCUAACCUGGACCCUUCUGCUCGGAAGAUCAAUGCAGCCAAGUUUCGGACAGGCAAAGUUUCAGUUCUUCUUGUGACAGAUGUGGCUGCAAGAGGCAUUGAUAUUCCUGAGCUGGACAUUGUCAUAAAUUACAAUUUUCCAGCUAAAUCCAAGUUAUUUGUACACAGAGUUGGUCGGUGUGCUCGUGCAGGCAGAAGUGGAAUAGCUUAUUCACUUGUGGCAAAUGAUGAGUUUGCAUAUCUGCUGGACCUACAUUUGUUUCUGGGUCGUCCAUUUAAUGCCUUACAAACCGAGGCAGCUAGUAAGGAUGAUGAUUUCCCAGAUGGUGUUAUUGGACGUAUUCCUGAAGUGUUACUGGAUGAAGAACACAGUGAGCUGAAAGUUUGGCAUGAAACAGAGAAUGAUCUGGCGAAUAUGAAGAAGGUAUGUGCUAAUGCCUAUAGACAGUACAUCCGCUCAAGGCCUGGAGCUUCUGUGGAAAGCGUAAAGCGUGUCAAGGGCAUCAAUCCUAACAGUUUUGCUAUUCACCCAGUAUUUCUAGUGCAAGAUGCAAGUCAGUCUAGUUCUUCAGAUAUACUGGAAAAGAUGAAGAACUACAGACCUAAUGGGACUGUAUUUGAAAUUGGUCAGUCCUCUAGAUCCCGUGCAUACACUGUGAUGAAAUCAACUCGAGCUAAACAUCGCAGUUUGAUAGUGAACCAUAAGCGGAAACUUGAGGAUAAAGAGAAAGAAAACUUGAUCAGCAGGAGCAGUGAAAGGAAGUCAAUGAUGGCAAGUAAUGAUGAUGACAUUGCAGACACGUUUCACAAUAUUAUUGCACCUAAGAAACGUAAACAUGAUUCUCAGACGGUACGGAAAGAGAAAAAGAGAAAAGUUUUGGUGGAUGAGAUGCAUUACAUUCCAUACACAGCUCCAGAUCACCAUACAGAGCAAGGUUUUUCGGUAAACAACUUUGAACUUGAGGCAUCCAAAGCUAAGUUGGAUUUGACUGCAGACAGUGAGGAAACAUUAAGACAGCAACAGAAAUUAAAACAUUGGGAUCGGAAAAAGAAGAAAAUGGUUGCUGUUAAUAUGGAUAAGAAAGUGAAGAAAAUUCGUGAUGAGUCUGGAGCAUGGAUCCCAGCCACAUACAAAAGUAAACGGUAUGCUCAAUGGAAGGAGAGAAUGAAGGUAGAAGAGGAUUUUGCAGCAGACAGUGAAGAUGAUGGUGACGAUGAUCAUGGAGAUCAAAAGAGAAACCAGUUACGUGGUUUGAAGACUUACCCCAAUACUCACUGGGGCCGACACAACAAAAAAGUUGAAAAUAAAGUGAAGUCUGAAUUGAAACGGCCUGAUCAAAUUCUAAAGGCUAGAAUUGAACAAGAAAAGAAGAAAAGAAAACAAAGAAGAAAAUGUAAGAGAUCAAAGAGGAAGAAGUAGGUGUUUUAUUAUGAUGUGUACAAAAUCAUACAGCUUAUUUGUUUGGAACUACAAUAAGGUAAUGUCUGUGGUAGAUUCUCAAGGAUUCUUAUGAUGGUGUAUAAUACCGAGAGUUACUGGGUUUUUGGGUGGGGGCACGCGGUAGUGUAGUUGGUUGAGGCACUAUGCUACAGGCUGAAAGGUCAUGGGAUCAAAUUCUAAAGAGGUGGAUUCCUUCAAUUGAUCUAAUCCUUCCAGCCGCACUAUGGCCCUGGGUUGACUUAGCCUCUAACAGAAAUGAGUACCAGGA